AUCGCCAAGCACUUAACAAUGCCCUGGACAAGCGGCCACUGUAUUAUGUAGAAUAUGCGGUACUUCCGUAGAAUGUGAACCCAGAUGGCGGACACCAGUACGUAGUAUGUGAACCAGUUUUUUCAGAACUAUUCACAAUUUUAUUUAAAUUUUUAUAAAUUAUACGACAUCAUCAAAUGACCAUGACAACAACGGAUUUAGACGAAUGGAUUAGAAAUUUACAGACGACUGAACCGCCUAAAGUAUAUUACGGUCGAGACGGGAGACCUAGUUCCCGCCCUGUGCCAGAACCGGCGCCUCGUAGAAAUAUUGGAAAUAAACCUGGGAAUAAAUAUAGGCCACCUAGGAAUAUAAAAAACGCCGAGGGAACCAAUACAGACUCAUUUUACUACGUUGGUAUGGACGAAAUUGAGGAAUACGACAAUUGGCCAGUACACGCCCAAAACACACCCCUAAAUUUGAAAUAUGAAGAAACUGGGCGCGAUAAUUUUGACCUAACAGUGACAGAUAGGCCGGAUAAAAACCUCUUGCCAGAAAUUUCUGAAUUCCGUGGUUUUGCAAUCCUAAAUCGAGCAAGAAAUUCCGAAAACGUGCGGAAGUCUCCGAAAUCAAGGGACGUUUCAAGAAAACAACACAACGACCCCAUUAUGCGAUCCCAAUAUAAUACAAACCAAAACACAAAUAAAAAUCUCACAGGCAUUGAUCAAAAAGAUAGUCAAUACGUCACGGAAAACGACGUGGCUAUAGUAGCUUUGCCGGAUAUACCGGAUUCGACUCCAGCACCACAUGUGCAUUUAGCCCCAGUUGGGCAUCAAUCACCCCCAGAGAAAGCACCGCUCACAGUUCCAGAAAGUCGACGGCCUGCAUCGUCUGUUUCCAGCAAAUUUAAAGCGGAGAACGUUUUCAGUCGCAGGAAUUCAACAAUGCCAGAGACGAGACGCGUUCCUCUGCCGAAGUCAAUCUUGAACGAGAUUGCAAAGACUAUACCGCACGACGUUUUGAAUGCAAUCAACACGAUGCAAGAUGGCGAAUCCUUACUGAUGGUCGACCAUUCUCGAUGGGUGACACGCACUGUGAACACGGAUUGUUACGUCACACCUGAUAUGAUUCACGUGACUUUUGUACGACGACGAUGUUGGAUGCCGAGUGUUCGAUGUUGCAUGAUGGAAGACACUUUUGAUAUUCGUGAUAUUCUAAUGGCCAGAGCCGGCAAAGAUGGCCUUCUCCGAGUAAUCGACAAAGACUUACCAGAAAUUCGAUGUUUUUCGAUCGUUUUUGAAGACAAUUCCCAAAAAGCAAUAAAUUUUGUCGCCCCUUCGGCUGAAUCGGCAAAAUAUUGGGUGAAAUGGAUUAACUAUAUAAAGAAGAAACUCGAAAACUUGAUACCGAGAUUGAAGCACGAAUUGUUUCUGUGGGAAAUAUUCAAGAAAGCCGACGUGAACGGGGACGGCCUUGUAUCGUAUCAAGAAAUAAUGCAACUGCUACACGAAACUGGAGUGCCGGUACUGGGUCGGAACUUUCAAGAACUUUUUCAUAAACACGUUUUCAAUCGCAAGAUUGAUGAGAUGAGUUUUGAUGGGUUCAAGCAUUUCCACCAAGAAAUGACCCUGAGACCGGAAGUUCAAGAAAUAUUUCGGAAAUACUCAGCUGAUGGGGCUAUGUUAACCGCCAGAGAGUUAUACAAAUUUCUACAGGACCAAGGGGAGGCACCCGAGAAAUCGCAAGAUGAGUAUGACGUCACAGAGCAAGAUUGUUUUCAAAUAAUUGACGAUUACGAAAUGGAUGACGACAAUCGUGAAAACAAGAAGAUGACAGUUCACGGUUUCGCCAUUUUCCUUGCUUCGACUUAUUGUGACGUAUUCAAUAAAAGACACGAUGAGGUUUACCAAGACAUGAAACACCCUCUUUCUCACUAUUUUAUCGCUUCGUCUCAUAACACCUACUUAACUGGAGAUCAACUGAAAGACCCAAGCAGUACAGAUGCCUAUAUGAAGGCAUUAUUGCAAGGGUGUAGAUGCGUUGAGUUGGACUGCUGGGACGGUGCAGAUGGCGAACCAGUGAUCUACCAUGGCUACACAUUCACCUCUAAAAUAAAGUUCAAGGACACGAUAGAGGUCAUUGGGAAAUACGCGUUCGAAGUUUCGAGAUAUCCUCUCAUCUUAAGUAUUGAAAACCAUUGUUCUGUACAACAACAAGAAAAAAUGGCGGAAUAUAUGAAGAAAAUUCUCGGAACCGAACUUUUGACUGACUACGUUAUCCCAGAAGGUGACGAGUUCCACCUGCCUUCGCCUGAUGCCUUACUGGGAAAGAUACUGAUUAAAGGGAAAAAACUUCCACCCCCAGUCCACCAUGAUGACGGUGAUACUUCAUCAGAUGAUGACGUCAGUGAUGAAGAUGAAGCAGCAGAAAUGGAAGUUAUGAUGGAAAGAAUGCAUUUAAGAAAGCCAAUGAAUAGACUUGAAAGACUAUUUCGACGACGUGAUACGUCAUCAGAUGACGUCACGCGAAAAUGUGACGAAAGCGUCAAACAACUUUUUGGUGCACAUUGUGUCGACAAUGGUCAAACAGUAUCACUUGCCACGCCCUCUAAUUCUAACCAAUCAUCAACGAGAACGAGAGCACAGGAGAAAAAGUUGAAGCUUUCUAAGCAUUUAUCGGAUCAAGUGAUAUAUUGUAAGAGCACGAAAUUCAAAGGAGUCGACCAUGGGAUACAGAAGUCCCAGUUUAAAGAGAUUUCAUCGUUCAGUGAAAAUAAAGCCACAAGACUCGCCACCCAACAGAAGCAAGAAGCCAUAAGCUAUCACGUCGAGCAUCUCAAUAGAACAUACCCCGGUGGUACGAGAGCAGAUUCCAGUAAUUAUGAUCCUCAACCGCUUUGGAAUGCUGGAUUUCAAGUCGUCGCUCUCAACUAUCAAACAAAAUGCGAUGAAAUGGUUCUUUAUCACGGUAAAUUUCGUCAGAAUGGAAGAUGCGGUUACAUAUUAAAACCAGAAUAUAUGAGGUCACUAACUGAUGAUAUCACUAGAGAAACACACGGGGAAACAACGAAGCAUCUGAAAAUCACCGUGAUCAGUGGGUUUCGAAUACCAGUUGAUCUACAAGACGGAGACGUCUCUUUACAAAUUGAUGUAUCUGUUACCGGAGAUACGGAAGAUGUCGCCAAAGAGAGAACUAGAAUUGUGAAAACAAAUGGAUAUAACCCAGUAUGGAAUGAUGACGUUGAAUUCCUGGUUCGAAUCCCAAGUCUGGCAAUGGUUUGGUUCGUUAUUCGUGAUGAAGAUUCGGAUAAAAUUGCUCAAUUCGUGUUGCCACUAAGCAGCGUCGGACAAGGUUAUCGCACUGUGCAUUUACUGGACAAAGACGGAACUCCUAUGCGGUCUACUAGUCUUCUUUUAUACGUCUCCGUUAAUGACGCCACGUAAUACGUCAAGAAUGACGUCAUAAAUUGAAAUGACACCAAAAAUACAUUUCUACCUAUCAUACAAAAAAUGUGAAAAUAUUCAAUAAUGGGCAAAUAACUGAUUAAAAUAGCGAAUACUUUAUUUGGAAGCCACGCCUACACGGAUUAUAAACACUGUGAAAAUUGACUGCGAGCACGUCGGAUAAAAAAUCAGACUCCGAUUUUUGACUCUCCAUCGCAUGUUAUGAUAUCAAUAACCAACAUUUUAAUGUCUGCAACUACCAGGAAGCUUAUGUCAAAUAAAAGUGCAACCCGCGGUUUUACCCAAUUAUUUCUAUCUGGCCCGUCCUGUAUUGAAAGUUGCACACCCCUGGGUUAGACUAUAAUUUGAUUCAAAGUUUCCUUAUUUUAGUUUUAUUACGAGUUCGGGGACUAGCCAAGUGACUCCCGUAGUAUUUGUACCCAAAAUUAUGGCCUAACCCUAACCUUGUACACAUACUACGUUCCAGUGUCCGCCAUAUUGGUUCGCAUACUACAGGAGUAUCGGGCUACUUAAUACGCGUCAGAAAAUAUAUAGACUUUUACUGUAACACUCAAUUUGACCGACGAAAACACACGUUUUCAUACACCUUUCACUUCGAAUAAGGUCAUGCAUAAGCGGCCACUGAUAUUUGAGAAGCAUACAAUAUGGGGUUCAUGUUGAAGAUUUGAACGCCGGAUCCGGCAAUGUUUCGACUCCGUCCAGUUUUCGGACCGAGAGUAACCCCCCCCCCCCCUCAUUGGAAAUUCCUGUCCACGACCCUGGCAAGGACUACUAGUUUCGGAAGGACCGGAAUCGUUCAUGUUUACGGGUAGUAAGAACUUCUCUAGUUACCAAAAAUUAAUAUAUUGGGACUCCGAUUCUAUACUUUAAUAUUACCAUAUUAUUAUCGAAUAUUUCUAUUUUAUUAAGUUAUGCAAAUUGUUUAUCACUUUAUAUUUUAGUUAUAUACUAUACGCUACCUAUUUAUGUAUUUUUCAUUCACGUUUAAAUGACCAAAUGACAAAAUAUUAUCCAUAGAAAAAACUCGUACUGACUAAUUUUAAAUCGAUUUUAUUUAACUUUUUAAGUAUAUUUUCUAUCUUCUGAUUAGAAAUCGGCCAUUUUGUACUAUUUAAAUUACAGAUUUCACAGAAAAAGUGCUUUUGAAUCACACUAGAAUAAAUUUGAGGCUAAGUCUCAAAAAUGCCAUCACUUACACCACAGACAUGUGGAACAAUUGUGACAACGAAACUGUGACGUAGAAGGGACAAGUAGUUGUGUACGACAGUGGUUCUCAAACAAUGGGGCGCGCCCCACAAGGGGGCCGUAGACGAUUUUUUUUGGGGGGGGGGGCGUGAAGCUAAUUAAAAAUAAAAAUACUUGUUAGAUUUGAUCUUGCCCGCCUUAUUUUGGCUAUUUAUCUUUCUUCAUUUUGGAUAUUUGCGUUCCAUCCACAUAUUUUUAACGUGUUCUUUGAAUGAAACAUAAAUUCGCCUUACUACAUGGUAUUUGUAACUUACUGUUAGCUAGUUAUUUUUGAGGCGGGGCGCAAGACUAAAAAGUUUGGGAAUCACCGGUUUAUGAUACUCUUAAGACACCGAUCACAAACUGACUUUUUUAAUAUAAUCAAGUAUAAAUUUUAGCAACUGUAUGGUAUUCAUUUCAGCUCUUGCUAAUUUGUUCUUUAUUUUCUUAAAAUCUUAUUAUUCUUGUUUAAUAUUUAACUUUUUACAACAAUUUUAAAUGAUAACAAUAAAUGUUUC